UAUCUAGCGGGAAUGUAGCGCAAGAUAGCAAAAUUGGGUUUCUCUUUCUCAGAAUUUUCAGCCUUGGUGUUUUGUUUGCUUUAAAACCACCGCCGCACGCACAUUGUUUCUCUUACAAUCGUUUUUUUUAUUUUUCUUCCGAAUAUUUUUAUUUUUGGGUUGUUCAUCAAAUGGCGGAAUCAAAGACAAAGUUUGCAGAAAUCAGGGAAUGGAUCGUCGAUCACAAGCUUCGUACCGUUGGUUGUUUAUGGCUGAGUGGUAUCUCUGGUUCGAUCGCCUACAACUGGUCUAAACCUGGCAUGAAAACCAGUGUCCGUAUCAUCCACGCCAGGCUACACGCUCAGGCCCUGACGUUGGCCGCUCUAGCUGGAGCAGCCGCGGUGGAGUACUAUGAUCACAAAACUGGAGCCACCGAUCGCUACCCCAAAUUUCUCAAGCCUGAUAACUUAAAUAAAGACUAAACAAUCUUUGGCUAAUAAUGCCUAUUGUAGGCAUAUUAUAGCUAUUGAGAUUUUUUUUUAUGUUUAUUGAAUCCUUCUUUACUACUUUGAAAUGGAUUGACUAUGGUUAUAUAGCCUCUACGCCCUGCAGAUUGUUUGCAAAAUACGGGAUGCUAAUCUGUAAGAGAUACACCUUCAGAAAAAAAAAUAAUGAAUACUUAUAUUUCGUUUA